UUUUAGCAGCCGGCAUUCCGCAGUGUAGUAUAUCGAGCUUCUUUCACAAACGGUUUAAGUGCAACUUUCACAAAUCUUUUACCUAAUUUCUAUAACAAUUGUUUAUUGCGAACAAGUAUCUGAAAAUAGUCAGCCAAAAUGUUUGGUUCUACGGGAUUUGGAGGAAAUAGCUUUAUGGGUUCCAAUGUAGUUACAGCUCCAACCAACCAUAAUCCGAUGAAGGAUUUUGAAGUAGUUUCCCCUCCGGAUGAGUCCAUUUCUUGCCUAGAGUUCAGCCCAGCUUCAAUUCCUCAAAACUUCUUGAUUGCUGGUAGCUGGGACAACCAUGUUAGAUGCUGGGAAAUUGAUCAAACUGGCAAGUCCAUUCCAAAAUCACAAGAAACGAUGCAGGGACCUGUUCUUGAUGUGGCUUGGAGUGAUGAUGGAAGUAAAGUAUUCAUGGCUGGAUGCGACAAAAUGGCCAAAUGUUGGGACUUGAAUUCAAACCAAUCAAUUCAGGUUGCAGCCCAUGAAGCCCCAAUUAAAACCUGUCACUGGAUCAAAUCACACAACUAUUCCUGCCUAAUGACUGGUUCUUGGGACAAAACACUCAAGUUUUGGGACUUGCGCCAACAGCAACCCAUACUCACGUUGAACUUGCCUGAACGCUGUUACUGUGCUGAUGUAGAAUAUCCUGUUGCUGUUGUGUCAACAGCGGCUCGCCACUUGCUUGUCUACCAAUUAGAAAACAGCCCACAAGAAUUCAAAAGAAUUGAUUCACCAUUGAAGUAUCAACACCGCUGUGUCUCCAUCUUUAAGGACAAAAAGGGCAUGCCAUCUGGAUUUGCCCUUGGAAGCAUUGAAGGAAGAGUUGCUAUUCAGUAUAUAACACCUAGCAAUCCAAAGGAUAAUUUCACAUUCAAGUGCCAUCGCUCUAAUGGAACUAACCAGCAGUAUCAAGACAUUUAUGCUGUCAAUGAUAUCAAGUUUCAUCCAGUUCAUGGUACCUUGGCCACUGCUGGCUCUGAUGGAAGAUUUUCUUUCUGGGACAAGGAUUCGCGGACAAAGUUGAAAACUUCAGAACAACUGGAACAAUCCAUUACUGCUUGUUGUUUCAACAGAGAUGGCCAAAUCUUUGCUUAUGCAGUUAGCUAUGAUUGGUCUAAAGGACAUGAGUUUAACAACCCACAAAAAAAGAACUACAUCUUCUUACAUUCUUGUUAUGAAGAAAUGAAACCUCGUCAGAAGUCCUAAUUUUCUUGUUUCAUG